AUGGUCCUCGACCUGGAUCCCAAGCUAAGUCAGUACCAGCGACUGCGUGUCUUUCGUCUGGACUUCGGUCCUGUCAGUGGCAGUCACAGUUCCAGUGGCAGUGGUAAGGACGAAGGCAUCACUCUGGUUGAGAGCAUGUUCGAGUUCCACUUCUGUUCUGUCCCUUUAUCACAACAGAUCCGAGACAUCUUCAACUCUUUCUUUAUUUCUCCUUACAACAACUUCGAGCCUCCGAAAGAAUCCCCAUAUACCAGCACCUACUGUCAACCACAAACCCCAAGCAACAUGCCUAACCAGGAGCACUUCUGGCCUAAUCUCAAGGCCUUCGCCGAGAACAACGGGAUCGCCAAUAUGGAAACUCUCGGACUAGAGUGUGUCGUUUGCAGAGAUUCAUUCCACUACCGAGGCCCAAGCGAUGAUGAAACUCAGCCUCCACGUCGACCUCGUGUCCUCCCAUGCGGCCACAUUCUGUGCGCUAGAUGCCUGCUCGCAUACUAUGACACAGGUGAUUCCCGCUGCCCUAUCUGCCGCGCGGAACUCAUGCACGACUGUGGCCACGCUCACACCGGCAUGCCUCUGCCCCUGAUUCCAGCGAACAGGGACAAGCUGCCUCCCAUCCUGACCCAAGGUGGCGGUAUGCCACGAGGAUGUGGCCCCUGUGGCAUCCUGGGUUUGCAGCGACUCUUUGAACGGGAACUGCGCAACAACCCAGAUAUUCCAGAGGAGCUCAAGGGCGAGUACUUGGGUAUCGGCAUUGUGCUCUACAACACUGAUGAGUACUACUCGCGGGAGGUAAUUGGGCCCGUUCUCGAAAUCGAAGCCCCUACCUCCAUCAAGCAUAUGAUGAGCGAGAUUGUCGACUACGCAAUCCGAUCGCAGCGACGAAACCAGGUUUGGUUGGAAGCGGACUUUAGCUCCAUGAAGAUUCGGGUGCUUCACUUCAAGCCUGAGCUUCUGUCACAGGUGGAAGAGGCCCCUGCUGUGAAAGAAACUGCCCCCCAAGAUGGCAACUGA